AUGGCGUCUCAAGAUUCCGAGUGUCGUGUCGUGGCGAUAUCAGCAGGCGCCAGUCACACCGUCGCCCUGCUCUCGGACGACCGAGUGUGCGCGUGGGGGCGCGGGGAGGAUGGACAGCUAGGACUGGGCAGCGCGGAGGAGCAGCUGGAGCCCACCGAGGUCUCGGCGCUGGCGGGGAAGCGCGUGUCGGCGCUCGCGUGCGGCGCGGACCACACGACGGCGUACUCGGAGGACUCGCAGACGCUCUGGUCCUGGGGGUGGGGCGACUUUGGGCGGCUGGGCCACGGGCAUUCGAGCGACGUGUUUCUGCCGCACGCCGUGGCGUCGCUGUGCGGACGGCCCAUCAAGCACAUUGCAUGUGGCGACUGCCACUGCAUUGCGGUUGACGCUAAUGGCACCGCCUUCAGUUGGGGGCGCAAUCAGAACGGCCAGUUGGGGCUGGGCACGCUGGACGACGCACUCGUGCCCACGCAGAUCACGGCUCUCGCGGGCGUGCCGCUGAGGAUGGUGGCAGCGGGAGCAGAGCACACAGCAGCGGCAGCGGAGGAUGGGCGGCUGUACGGGAUGGUGGCAGCGGGGGCGGAGCACACAGCAGCGGCAGCAGAGGAUGGGCGGCUGUACGGGUGGGGGUGGGGGCGCUAUGGCAACCUGGGGCUGGGGGACCGGCUCGACAGGAAGCUGCCCGAGCAGGUCACAGCCAUUGAGUCAGAGCGCAUAGCGCAGGUGGCGUGUGGGUGGCGGCACACGAUAGCAGUGAACGGCGAUGGGCGGCUGUUCACGUUUGGGUGGAGCAAGUACGGGCAGCUGGGGCAUGGCGACUUCCAGGACCACCUCACGCCCUCGCCCGUGCCCGCCAUGCAAGACAAGUGUAUCGUGCAGGUGAGAUGA